AUGAUGGGUAAACUUCGGGAGUCCCUGGCUGGUCCAGGAUAUAUCAUCCUCAACAUCGUCCGUGCUUUCAAUAUCAUCGUCUUCCUCGACUUAAUCGCAGCCUGCGUGGUCAUGUUGGUGAAAACCAAGACUACCAAUGGCUUUUUCUUCUUUCAAGCCGUCACACAUGCCGUAGUGGCACUCAUCAGUAUUUUCCUGAUCAUCUCCGAGCUUCCUAUCCUGCGCGGAUACUUCAACCGCCAAUGGCCUCUGUUCGGCGAAGAUGCUAGCUUCGUAACACUGGCAGCCAUCAUGAUGAUCCUUGGAGUCGCAACAUUGGGCAACCUGAACUCCGCCGCCCUGAGCCAGAAGUCACUGGGACUAUCAUUCUGGCAGAUUGUAAUCUCCGCUGGCGUCCUAUCCAUGGUGAUGAGUGUGAUCAAUCUACUCACGACAUUCAUUUUUACCGAUCGCAAGGCAGGUGUCAGUGCCCGCCACAUUCGGGCGUAUGGUGCCGUGGCUCCACAAAAGGUGGUGAGUCGAACCAGCAGCCGCCGCUCAUUUCAGCUCAGUCUGAAGCGUGAAGACUCCCUCCCUACCUACACCCGCGAACGCGAACCAGCCCUCAAGCGAGCCUCUCGGCGAUUGACAGAACGUUUUCCUCUUAAGAUCUCGUCGCCACUUGGCAAUACCAAGAACGCUGCCAACGCCAAUGACGCCGCCUCGUCCAAGUACUCGCGGGAUUCGGGUGAGGUUCGGAUGCCAGAUCCUGCGCACCACCCGGCCAUGUACUCGGGACAUGUCUAG